GUGGGUGGGUGAUGGUGGUGGUGGGUGGAUGUUUAAUGGACACGGAGAAAAGGGGAAUCGAGUGUUUAUGCCUUUCCCAGCGCCGCCGGGGCCCCAGGAAGACCAAGUUCAGUGUCUGCGGCGGGGCCGGGCCGGGGGCGCCUCGCGGGGUGGGGGCCUUGGCGCCUUUCUUUCUCUUUUUUUCUUUUCCGCGGAUGCAAAUUUCUGGAGCGGGGAGAGGGAGAGCCCGGGAAGGGGGGUGGCGUGGCGGUUGGUGGUGGGGAGGGGAGGGGAGGGAAGCCUUUUAAUGACUCAUUGAUUGAGCCGGUUUAAAAUUAGUUGUGUGCGCGAGUGUGUGUGUUUUCCGCCCCCCGGAGCCGCCGGGAGCCGGGAAGGAGGGAGCGGGGCUCGGCGAGGGGAGGACGGCGCGGCGGGGCAGCGAGCAGGGGGCAGGGAGGGCCUGGAGUGACGGCGGGCGAGGAAGAAAAAUAAGCUUUUCCAAUCUCCUCCCCUCAGUUUCCCCCCCUCGUUUCUUUGCUCUCUCGCAAGCUCUAGGGUGUGAAUCGCAUUUUCUUUCUUCUCGGCAAAAUGGACCCCCGAGUCGGGGGAGGAGGGAGGAGACGGGCUGGGGAGGUGGCGGCGGGGACAGGGCUUAUUUUUCAUUCCGGCUUCCUCUUUCGCGCCGCAUCUUCGGGCGGUCGCGGGGAGGAGAGCUCGGGGCCGUCUCCGGCUCCGGCCCCGCCGCGCACCUGCCGGGGACACUGCCUCUUCCCGGCCGCCUCGCUGCCUUCCCGACGCACCGCCGACGAUCCGCGGCCGCGCCGGCCGAGCCCCAGCGCUCCGCGGUUUCCCGCGGUCCAGCCAGGCGCCUCCCGAAGCCCGCGCUGUCCGCCGGGCCGGCCGAAAGAGACCCAUGCGGCAGCGGCGCUUUUUGGGCCGAGAAUGCGCGGGCCUGACGCCGUCCUCGCCCCCCACCCCGCAGUCGCCCCGAAUGUGGAAUGGGGGGGUGGCGGUUGGAAGGCACUAAGAUGGCGCUGGGCCUGGCCCGUCGCCAGGGCUGGUGGCGCAGUUGCUCGGCGGUCGCCAUCUUCCCUCGCGGGGCGGGCGGUGUCCACAGCGGACGCCUGGAGAGCCCCGGCGCCGCGAGGCCUCGGGCGAGGGGGAGCUGCGCCCCGGGUGCCCAACUCUGGAGAUGGGGCUGGGGCCGCCAAACCUGGACCUUCCCCUGUCCCCAAAACCCUAAAAACGAGGCCGCCGGCUCGGAGCUGGAAGGGCCCCGGGGAGGGCGUCUGGCUCCUUUCCACGUUUUUCUGGGGGAAGAAGUGGGCCGAGGGUUCUGUCGCGGCUUAUGGGUUCUGUCCCUGACCCCGCGUCCCCCCGGGAAAAAUUGGCGGAGAAGAGCUCCUGACAUAGCGUCUCCUGCGACCUGCGAGUGAAGGGCUUUGUCUUCUCUGGUCGGCUAGGGUAGGGCGGUGAGGCUUUUCCUUCAUCCUCUCCCAGUUAUUGAGAGUCAAAAAGGUUACAAAAUUGUAAAAAAAAGUCGAAGAUAGUGUCUGCCUUCCGGUAACACGUUCCCAUGUAGGUACUCUAAUUUUUUUAGUUGUUUGUAUUGUGAAAAACCCUAGAGAAGCAUUUAUCUAGUCUUCAGGUUGUAGGAAGGUGGUGGGUUCCAGUGAUUUGAAACUUCUUGUUGGCUUUCAUGAUCAAAUGACAGUAAGUUAAAAGAUUUUUAGAACUCUGAUCUGAAAAGUUAAACACGCUGUGAAAGGCGACUUUUCCCUUUCUAAAAAGCAAAACUGCGUUGAAAAGCAUCCAUAUAAUCAUUUGCACGUAUCUGCCUGGUAGUAGCUCUCUGUAGAGAUGGGGGUAGAUGUAGAUGGGGGUAGUAGCUCUCUGUAGAGAUGGUAGAGAUGGGGAAGGGUUAAUUUUAAGUAGUUACUAGAAAGAGAAGGGGAGCUCUGAUCUCUCUAGGCAUCCUCCACAGAGAUGGAAAGUAGUUAAUUUUUUAGUGGAUAAGCCUAAUAUUAAUAUAGUGGAGCCAGUAGGUAUGUCUUUGUGUUUAUUAAACAUGUAUAUAGUGGAUAUUUUAGACCCUUUAAGACUUUUUUUUUUUUUUUUUUGGCUGGGGCUGAGUUUGAACCCACCACCUCCGGCAUAUGGGAGGCAUAUGGGACCGGCACCCUACUCCUUGAGCCACAGGAGGUGCCCCCCUUUAAGACUUUACUAUCUGUUGAACACCAGCUGUAUGCUGGGAACUGUGUGCUUGGUGCUUAAAUUAUUUCUCACAUCAGCCCUCCAGUAUUGAUUAUAUUAUCAUUUUUUUAACCAGGGAAGGAACUAAUGUUUGUGAAGAUGUAAUAAUUGUUCAAGGUCUUAACAGUUUUUUUUUUUUAGAGACAGAGUCUCUCUUUGUCACCCUUGGUAAAGUGCUGUGGCAUCACAACUCACAGCAACCUCCAGCUCUUCUGCUUAGGUGAUUCUCUUGCCUCAGCCUCCUGAGUAGCCGGGACUACAGGCACCCACCACAAUGCAGGGCUAUUUUUUUGUUGCAGUUUGGCCGGUGCGGGUUUGAACCCGCCACCCUUGGUAUAUGGGGCCGUUGCCCUACUCACUGAGCCACAGGCACUGGCCCGGUCUUAGUUUUAAGUGGUACAAAUUGGCAUUGGAUUCCAAAAGCAGUUCUGGGCUCUCUACCUGUAGUUCCAAAUCUUAGCACCAGAAUCAGCUGGGGAGCUGUUUUUAAAUAUAGAUUUGUAACAGUCACCUCUUCCUCCAUUAUUUGCUUGGGAUCGUUUAGUAAUGUGUUAGGCAAUCUGAUUUUUUUUUUUUUUUUGAGACCGAAUCUCACUCUGUUGCCCAGGCUACAGUGCCAUGGCAUCAGCCUAGCUCACAGCAACCUCAAACUCCUGGGUCUAAGCGAUUUUCCGGCCUCAGCUUCCCCUAAGUAGCUGGAACUACAAUGAGUGUGGCACCACUCCCACUUCUGUUUUUCAUAGAGAUGGUGUCUCACUCUUGCUCAGGCUGGUCUGGAAGUCCUGAGCGUCAGCAAUCUACUCACCUUGGCCUCCCAGAGCAUUGAGAUUUCUAAGUAUGAGCCUCCACACCUAGCUGCUGCUGGGUUUUUAAAAAAUUUGAAGUCCAUACCACUUGAAUUUGAAUUUCAGCAGUUCUGUUGCUUAUCUCUCUCUCACUUUUUUUUUUUUUUUAAUUUCUAGAGACAGGAUCUUGCCCUGUAAUCCAGGCUAGAGUGCAAAGGCAUGAUCAUAGCUCAAUGCAACCUUAAACUCCUGGCAAUCCUGCCUCAGCCUUCCUAGUAGCUGGGACUACAGGUACCCACCACGACACCUGGCUUAUCUGUCUAUUUUUCUUGGAGAUGAGGUCUCCACGAAAUUUCUUUUUUUUUUUUUUGUAGAGACAGAGUUUCACUGUACCGCCCUCCGGUAGAGUGCCGUGGCGUCACACAGCUCACAGCAACCUCUAACUCUUGGGCUUACGCAAUUCUCUUGCCUCAGCCUCCUGAGCAGCUGGGACUAUAGGCGCGUGCCACAACGCCCGGCUAUUUUUCUGUUGCAGUUUGGCCGGGGCUGGGUCCGAACCCGCCACCCUCUGCAUAUGGGGCCGGCGCCCUACUCAUGAGCAACAGGCGCCGCCCUCCACGAAACUUUUUAAGGAGCAGCUGUCCAAGCUGGUCUUGAACUCCUUACCUCAAGGGAUCCUCCUGCCAAGGCCUCUCAGAGUGCUAGGAUUAUAGGCAUGAGCCACUGUGCUGGGCCCAGCGCAUUAUCAUGUUUGAUAGUUACUAGGCAGAGUGGUUAAAAAGUUAGGUUUUUGGCAGUGUGGAUGGCUCAUGCCUGUAAUCCCAGCGUUUUGGGAGGCCAAGGGCAAGGAGGAUCGCUUGAGUCCGAGAUUUUGAGGCUGCAAUGAGCUAUUGUGCCGCUGCAUUUUAGCCUGGGUGACAGGGAGACCCUGUCUUCAAAAGAAAAAUAGUAAGAGUUUUGUUUGAGACAGAGUCUCUGUUGCCCUGGAUAGAUCGCUGCCCUAGGGGGAGUGCCCUGACAUCAUAGCUCACAGCCACCUCCAACUCCUGGGUUGGAGGGAUCCUCUUGCUUUAUCGUCCCAAGUAGCUGGGACUACAGGCACCUGCCACAACACCUGGCCAGUUUUUUCUAUUUUGAGUAGAGAUGGGGUCUCCCUUUUGCUCAGGCUUAAGCUGUCCACCUUUCUUGGCUUUCCAGAGUGCUAGAAUUAUAGGCAUGAGCCACUGUGUCCAGCCAAAAAAAAACACAGGAUUUUGUUUGUAUAUGUCAGAAUGAUACCAUCUUUGCAUAUGUCCACACUUCUCUUUCCUUACACAUUUGGCAAAUUUUUUAAGGAGCAGCUGUCCAACACCUGUGUGCAGUCUAGCUACCUAGGUAGAUAAAGUACAUUCUAGUUUUUGAAUGUCUCUUGUGGUUUUUCUCCCCUUCUCGUGGUAAGUGCUAAAGUAAUUACAAUUUGAGUAAAAUCCAAUAAAGCUUGAAAUGAGGAGAAAUCUAAAUACACAUAAACCUGCUUAAAGGAAAAGAAUAUCUUCUUUAUUUAAAAGUAACUGGCCUCUUUGCCUACUUGCCCUGGCAGUGGAGGCCUAUUCCCUGUGUUUGUUCUGUAAGCCUACCUUUGUCUUCCUCAAUAAACUUUGUUCCAUGCUUGCCUUUAAAUAAAUAAAUAAAGUCACCUUUAGUGGAAUUCAAGACAGAGAAUGGAAUUUACAGUAUAGUGGGGAACAUAGGAAAUAAGUAAACACAAAUAACCAAGUGAAUGACAGAUUAAGAAAAUUUAUGAGUAGGGUGGCGCCUGUGGCUCAGUCGGUAAGGCGCCGGCCCCAUAUACCGAGGGUGGCGGGUUCAAACCCGGCCCCGGCUGAACUGCAACAAAAAAAUAGCCGGGCGUUGUGGCGGGUGCCUGUAGUCCCAGCUACUCGGGAGGCUGAGGCAAGAGAAUCGCUUAA